GAAGUCGACCCACCAUGACCAAGGCCAACGGACGUAACGCAGCCCGCAAGCUUGUGCGCCUGCGCCGCAAGAACCGCUGGGCUGAUAAAAAGUGGAAGAAAUCGCACUCCUUCGUCGCGCAGAAGGCCAACCCCUUUGGCGGGUCCUCGCACGCAAAGGGUAUUGUGUUAGAGAAGAUCGGUGUUGGGGCUAAGCAGCCUAACUCCGCUAUUCGUAAAUGCGUUCGCGUGCAGCUGAUCAAGAACGACAAGAAGAUCAUUGCCUUCGUGCCCAACGAUGGUUGUCUUCACUUCAUUGAGGACAACGACGAGGUGUUGGUGUCCUUCUUUGGUCGUUCCGGCCACGCUGUCGGUGAUAUUCCCGGAGUCCGUUUCAAGAUCGUCAAAGUGUCCAGCGUUGGCCUGUAUGCUCUGUACCGUCAGAAGAAGGAGAAGCCGCGCACAUAAGCAAUCAAGUGCAAGCGACUUAGCUGAACUUCACGAUCGGUAAAAUCUGGAGGGGUAACAAUUCUGGUGUGGACAUUCCAUCAUUUUUUUCAGACAAUUAUAUUUUUACUAUAACAAACAAAUAUCUCGGCAUGUGUCCCUAGUUUCUUCCUUACAGUGGCUGUGGGGAAGAAUUGUAUUUUGGGUUGCACUGAUGAGGCAAAAGUAAA